AUGUUAAUUUAUCACUACAUUUGUUUCCAUGUUAGCACAUUUUUCUUAGUGGGUCCUGUGAAACAAUGUAAGCGGAUGUUUGCGGAAUCUCGAAUUGUGGCAGCUUUGCUAUUUUUGUAUCACAAAGCUGCUCUUUGUCUCCUUUUUUCUAUCCUUCAAUUUAUCGCGUUGACAUGGUACUCACUCUCAUUCAUUCCCUAUGCGCGGUAA